UCAGUCCUUGCGCCAAGUGGUACGCGUUUUUUCGGUGUUCAGCGCGACGUUCAGAGCCCCGUCACUGGUGAAGGAUCAGAAGACAGCUCGGCCCGGUGAAAAUUUCUGUGUGUUUAUGCUGAUUGUGAUGAUGCGUGAGAAAUUGCUGAUGGUUUUUGUGUUUUUUUUUUGGUUGAAAUGUGAUGAUCAUGUGAAUAACCCUUUCGUGCUAUGAGGAUUUAACGAAACACGAAGCCUGAUUAGGCUGCACGUGAGCUCAUACUUAAUGGUGUUGAUACUCCGUUCGGAAGAUCCGCCAAACCGAUGUUGGAGGGCUGGUGGCAAACUGGCUACGAAUUAUGACGAUUCAGUGACUUCGGAAGAAGAUGCAGUUGGUGCAGUGCAAAAAAAAAACAGGGAUCAGUGAACCGUACAGAAUGUUUCUUCCUUGCAGUUAUGCUAUGAUUAGCAGAUUGCGUUCACAAACAAAAGCGAUGACGAUGAUGGCACGGUGGAUUAUGCCAAACUGGUGCGGGAAAAUUGUCUCAUGAAAGUAAAAUUCCGCCUGUGGAACAAAGGUGCGGGUGGAAUUUAUGCGUCGGGGAAAUUGCAUGUGCCAAUUAGUAUGUAACUGCACCGUACUCUGUGUUUUUUUUGUUUGUGAAAAUGCUUUUCGUGGAAAUAAGCUUUUGUGUUUCGAACAGCCGAUUUGAUAGGGGAAUUGAAGAUGUAAUAAGUGUGACAAUUGUGCAAUACCUAGUGGAAAGUUGUGAAAAGUAAAGUACGAAGAAGAUUUUUCGAACAUGGAAUCAGGACGAUUUGGUUUUGUGGAAGAUCUAUAAUUAAAAUGUGAGUGUGUGCAACCUGAACUGAUGGUUUAGGGAAAGGAAUAUUUAAUCAAUAAUAUAGUUUAAACCGGGGUAAAGUGAAGAUAUAUAAAAAAAUAGUUAAUCAAAUCCAGGAAGAAGAAAACGAAAAAACUCAACUACCGUUGACUGCCGCUAACCAAGUUUUGUUUUGUUUAUUUUUUGCACGGAUCAUCUACUGCCAAUAGUUUAGUACCGGUGAACAGGUUUAAUUCAGAAGACUCAAAUUGAUUGACUGGUUUUGGGGAGACGAACGAACCGAUGAUGAAGAUUUCCACCCAAGUGACCGAUUUAUGGCGAUAAUAACAAUAACAAUAUCAACAAACCAAUCAAAUCGAUGAAAAACCGGGCACGGAACGAAAAUGGAACUACAAACGGUGGAUGGAUGUUGCUGUUGAAGGAAGAGAAAAAAAAAUUAACUCCGCUGUCGCUCUACGGUGGGCUAGACGGAUGGUGUGAAAACAAGCUCCAAUUUAAACUGGAUUUAAGCGCGCGGUUGAAGUCUAAACAAAGUGCAACGCUUAUUUGAAUGGAUGAUGACCAGCGGUGGUGGUCAUCAGUGAAAGAAGAAGAAAAAGUGUUAAAGUGGUAAUUUUGUUACAGCUCCGCAUUUACAUUUGCCCCCUUCGUCCCGCAAAGACAAAUUGUUGCUGAAACAGCUGGACUUCAUUUUCAUUUUCGAUUGCCGUAAUUCAGUACAACAGUAAUGAAACUGAAGCAAAAUUUGGCACAAUGUGAUCGCCCCUAGUUGGCAGAAUGAUCCAAUCACGAAUGAAAGCGUCCCACCGUCAACAGCUGCCGGCUCCAGCACAGCAUCCACCACCGCCUCCGACACCGGCCUCGACGGGUCCUGGGCCUGGUGGAGGAGAGAAAGGUGGUGGUGGGAAGGAGACUGGUGCACCAGGAACGGGUAACGAUGGGAAUCGUAAAGGAAUUCCACUUUUUCGAAGUAACCGAAAUUUGCAUAUCAAUCGAAGGAGUUCAAGUGCUAUAAGCGCCAAAGUGGACACGGGCAGGAAAGGGGGGACCCCGCAGGAGCACCUGCAAAAUGGACAUGCUGAAGCCGGAACGGAACUGGAAUGUAUUGAUGAGGAUAUGUUUUCAAAAAUACCGAAAAUGGAAUUAUUAAAAGUGAAUUAUGUUAAAUUGAAGAACGAUGGAGUUGCUGGAAGCGAAAAGAAGAAAGGAUCGGCUGAUGAUAAGAAGGCAAAAGAUGGAACGGUCGCUGCGGCAGCUCCCACCAAAGGUAACGUGGCUAAUGCAAUAAAAAAACAACUGACCACCAGCAGUGUCAGUGCGAGUAGUAACGCUUGUAACGGUACGUCGGUCAGUGUGAGCGAUAUCAAAUCAAAAUAUUUGGUGUACAAAAAACAUAACGGGUUCGGUUCGAAUAAUUCAAUCGCGGAGAUCGGGACAAAGUUGCAAUAUAUCAACGACACGGAUGUGACGAAGAAAAAUGGCAAGAAGAAAUAUGCCAUUUUUGACACUAAGAAAAAGAACAAACUCGACACGGUGCAGUACUAUUUUGACAGCCGCAGUUAUGAGCGUUAUGUUGAUAAUAAACUGUACGGCGUAGUUGGCAAAGACGGCCAUCAGACUCCACCGGGAAGUUCCGGUCCACCGAAACCGAACAUGGCGGAUCCGCACAAACGACUCAGCUGGGAUCUUCGAGCCAAUCGUCCCAGUAUGCUGCGUGUGAUCAAUCAAUCGGCUCUGGCGAAAAAACCAACCACGGAAAGUAACCCGCAACUGGCGCAAACGAAAGGAGGAGGAGAUACCUUCAAACAGCAACCGAACGUGGACGGAAAUAAUCGGAUUUUCAAGUUACAAAAGAGCCAUACCAGUACCAAUCUGAUCACACGCCAUAGAUCGAUGAACGAUAUCUAUCGUAUCAAUCAAUUGUUCCUCGAAUCAAAAGCGGUGCCAGGCGGUGAAAACGUCAGCCAACCGCCGCCAUCGCUUCCGCCGCUGCUAUCCCGCCAACACAGCAGUAGCGUAAUAGCACUCAACCGGAAAAUUGCUAGUAAAAUCCCUUCCCCGCCGGUGAUCACUAACGGACUGGUACGGGAAAAUGUGCACCGAUUCGAAAAAAACAAAGCGAAAAAUGAAGAAAUGUCAACGAAGCAACAGAAAUACCUCGUCCACAAACGGCUCAGUGCCCGGUACAAGGCGGAAGAAAACGCUCGGACGAUUGUGGCUGCGGUGGCGGCUGCGGUAUCGACUCCGACGCUGUCCACUCCGGCGAACUCGAUCGCAGCCAUUGGACCGAAUGACACCAUCAGCAAGCGAAUCCGACGGAUCAUCGAUGGUCAUAAUGGGACCACCGGGCCACCGGUCGAAACUAUCGAUUACGAAACAUUGAGAACACCGGAAACACCGCCUCGCACUCCAAUCGCACGGGUCCGCUCGAAAUCCCUCGAAAGAACUCUCAGUGAUGACGAUAUGAGCAGCACCCUAAGUGUGAAGAGCAGCAAAACAACCUGUGGGUACAAAAAUUGCAAGUUCUCAAACUGUCCGAUGUCGUCCUCGUCCUCCUCCUCGUCGUCGUCGUCGUCAACGUCUUCGGGAUCAUCAACGGUGUCGAGUUCAUCCUGUACUUCGAAAAAAUCACCCGGAACCGAAACUCCCAAAGACUCCGGUUACGAUGGCAAGGAAUCCGACAUCAUCAGUGGCAAGCGGACUUCCAUCGUCAUCAACGAUCACGAUUGUAACAUCCUGCUGCAUAAUGCCCUCAACGAAAAGCUGAACAACAAUGGCUGCGAAGCUGUUCGUGUCAUUUCAUCCAAGAUCAAGGAAAUCGAUUUGGAAACGAACCGAAUGAUUAUCGAGAAGUGCAUUGAACCGAUUUCGAACAUCACCGAGACGGUUCUGGCACGGCAAAAGUUCUGGAACCAGCAGAACCAGCGGAACAUCAAGCUGAACAACAACCCGCAGAACAAGUCGUACGAUGAUAAGGUGGCGAUCAACAACAAAAUCCGGAACGAAGAAAACAACAGUAUCAAGAUUUUCAUAACCGGUCAGGGAACGGGAAAAACCACGACCAAUAUUAGCGAACCGGUUUCGCUGAUUUCGACUUCGACCAGCGGAAGUAGUUCGGCGGCUUCCACGAUCAGCAGCACGAACGGAGCCGAUUCGGACAAGGACGAUGGUUACUACGAUCAAAGUGAGCGGUCGCUAAGUCCGGCUGAUAAACAACUGCUCUCGAUUGUUUCCACCGUUAGCACGGGAAGCACCGUGUGCAGUGAUGGGACAAAUAUGUCAAGUGUAACGUGUAGUAACGGAAGUUCCAACGGCAACCGUUACACGUCCAAAACAAGCAUUAGACUGGGCUGCGAUGGAGCAUUAUUUUGGAACAACAAUUAUUUCGAUGACAUGGAAACUGCUCACCCGGGGGUGGUGUUGGGACCCGGGGAGGCUGCUGAUGGGUGCACCAGUGGAAAUGGUUGCUGUUGUUGCUGUCGCCGGAAAAGUAUCGCACUGGCCAACAGUAACAAUUCCAUCGAUAUCGGUGGCUUAUGUUACGGUUCCUCCGGCGGAAAAGGUUGCACUAGUCAAGGUAACGGUGGUGUAGUUAGUGGAAACUGUAACGCAUCAAAUGGCGGAGUAGUUCUGCGAAAAGCACCACUUUGCCAAUGCGGACUGGCAAACCACAGCAGUAAGCUGGAAAGCUUUUCAUCCCGACCACGCUCGAUUGAAGGCCCACCGGAUUCCGGGAUCUCUAUCAGCAGCGAUACCAUCAUUGCCAGCUCGGAUAGUGAUCUGAACCUGCAAAGCCAAACGGACUCCGAUGAACGGAAGCUGAAACGAGGGCAUGUGCUGGCGGAGUUGCUCGAGACCGAGCGGAUUUAUGUCGCCGAAAUGGGGUCGAUUCUUAAGGGCUACCGAGACGAGAUGCUGUCGGAGGAGAUGUGCUCGCUGGUUCCACCGGGACUGCAAGGCAAAGCCGACAUUCUGUUCGGUAAUCUGCACGAGUUGUACACUUUCCACAAUGACAUCUUCCUGAAGGAUCUCGAAAAUUGCAUCUCCACUACGGAGCUAGUCGCGCUUUGUUUCGUACAACGGAGGGACACGUUUUUCCGAUUGUAUUCCUAUUACUGUCAGAACAUUCCGCGCUCGGAACGUCUCCGAGAGACCCUCGUAGAUACGCACCUGUUCCUGCAGGAGUGCCAAAAGAAGCUCGGCCACAAGCUUCCACUCGCUGCCUACCUGCUGAAACCAGUACAAAGGAUUACCAAGUAUCAACUACUACUGAAGGAUCUGUUGAAAUUCAGUGACACCGGGACGUGUUCGCGAGAGUUGCAGAAGGCGCUGGACUGCAUGCUGGUGGUGCUCAAAUGCGUCAACGAUUCGAUGCAUCAGAUUGCAAUAACUGGUUUCCCCGCUGAUCUCUCGCAACAGGGAGAACUGUUGAUGCAGGAUUCAUUCCAGGUGUGGACCGAAAGCAAGAAAGAUCUCCGGUUGCGACUGAAGACGCAGCACCGCCACAUAUUCCUGUACCAGAAGGCGAUGCUGUUUUGCAAGCAGGGAUCCAAAACAGGCCACAACAAAAGUACCUACCAGUUCAAACACUGGCUGCAGAUGUCCCAAAUCGGUCUAACCGAAUCAGUGCGAGGCGAUUCCCGAAGGUUUGAAGUGUGGCUGCAGGGUCGACAGGAGGUUCACACGAUACAAGCCGGUACCAUUGAGAUUAAAAACAAGUGGGUGUCCGAAAUUAAACGGGUACUGCUCAACCAGCUCGAGGAGCUGAAGGGUGAAAAGAUCAAACAGUAUGGUCUGAACCACAAACCUCUUCGACACACGGCAUCCUGGGAUAUGCCGCCAUCGUUGCACGGUACACCGAAUCGAACAUUCAGCUGUGAUCAACAACCGACGACCACGCCCCUAACGGCUAGCAAUAUUCAACACCCAGUCGGACAGGAUGUACUCACUCGGAUCUCCCAUCUCAACGAGGACACCAUGAUGAGUGCGACGGGAAUCUCGUCAUCCUCGUCGGAGCAUGACAAUCAGGAAACGAAUGCGUGGAGCUCGGAUUACUCCAACAGCGAGGACGAGUUCACGCACGGAGAGGAUGGCGUGCUACCGGGUCACAAAUUUGUCUCACUGGCCGACUACUGUGCGAUGGGAAAUUCCGAGGUUUCGAUGAAGGAAGGCGACAUUGUGGAAUUGCUCAAAAUCGGAUGUGCCGGUUGGUGGUUCGUGAAAGUCGCGGGAAACAGCCUCGAGGGUUGGGCCCCGGCAGCGUACCUGGAACCGAUCAAUCGGAAAUCGUCACGGCUUCGUGGUGCUCGCAGUCAGGAUAAACUAAACGAACAUUAACUUAGACCGAUCAAUGGUCAGUCAAUGCAGUAUAAGCGAAAGUGGGAAAAUUGCAAUGUUUGUAUAGUUGUCUAGAGAGCAUCGUGCAAAAAAAAAUUACUUUCAUCUCACACUACUAGAAAAAGAAAACAUUCAAAUUUAUACAAAAUUACUGUGAACAGACAGAUAUCUACCAUUUUUCACCCAUAUCAUAAACAAGUCCAUUGAAAACGCCAAACAAAAAAAAAUCCAUCGUUAACCUAGCCAAAAUAUACACCAGUUGGAAUUCGAAAUCGGCGCCGUAAAGUUAGAUUCAAUUGUAAGUCUACGAAUAUAAUGAAAAUUCAAAACGCUGGCGUAUAGCGUAGAAUCGAUCAUAUAAAAUUAUCUGCAUUGGUAGUAAAGUAAAGUAAAAUAUAAACUAAACUAAAUGUUGAACACCGUACGUACAUAUGGGAAACUCAAAAAUUUUUUUGUAAGGAAAUUUACUCUGUUAUUGCCUUUAAACACAUCCGCUGCAACCAAUUUUCUACUCGUUUGAUUUUUCCUAUUGAUACGAAUUUAGAUUGAAUCUAUACCGAGAAAAAUACACUUUUGGAUGCAAAUCUUUUGAAAUCCUCUUACAUCGGAAUGUCACUUAAUGUUACUGACGGAAUCAUAGAACAAGCCAAAGCCACAAACAGCAACGAUUUUGACUGUUCUCUUAUUUAAAGCCUUCAAUUUCUUCCCCCGUACAAUACGACAUUUUUGAUUACUCAUAUUUUAUGCAUCCUAAAAUCAAACCAAACACUCCAUUCAAGCCCCAGAUUUGCGUUGUACAGUUUCGUAAUUUAUUUAUUUAUUUACAAACACAUCCAUAUUCUCGUUUCAUUGUGUCAAUUGGUUAUUUUUUUACUGUUAACGAUUAGUAAGCAUUCGGGUGAGAUUGUUAUGAUUCUAAUGAUUACGUUUUAUUUCAAUGCGGUCGGAACCGCUGUUGUACAUUUACUUUCACCCAUCACCUAGGUCGUUUUUUUUUCUAGAGACGCGUCUAAGGAUUUGUUUAGUUAAACUGCACUCUACUUGAUGUCUACUAACGCCUAUCGCAAGAUGUGACAGAAACCUGCGAAAAGAUAUUGUUUUAACUACCAUUAAUAAGACUAGUUUGUAUUGACGAAAGGCAACAAUAUUGUAGAACUAUUAUACAACAAAGCAUUGGAAAAAAGAAAAACUGAAAACAUGUGCAGAAUUUUCAAUGCAGAUGUUAUAAUUCAAUAGAAACAUCAGUAAUAUAGAUUAACGGUAAAUAAGCUAAUGAAUAUACGGAAAUCGAUGCAGACAAAAAAAAAUGCAAGGAUAUAAAAAUAUAAUCAAAACACUUGUAAAAAGAUAUCGGAACAACUUGAAACAAAAGCAACUGGUUAAUUAAAUUAACAUUAAACAGCUCACGAGGACAAUGUUCAAUUAAAGUUUCCAAACAAUCAA